CUUACAUCAUCACCAAGCGUCAACUGGCUUACACACAACUGCCGCGUCAACUGGUUUGAAACGUGUAAAACAGUUUAACGAGAUAAACUCUUUAUAUAAAGUCUGCGGUUUAAACUCUGUCGUUGUUCUGUGUGUUAGUCAAACAGUCAGUGAAGCUGUGAAAGCAGCGGCGGACUCUGACUCUCUUUCAUCGGCAUCUUCUUCCGCAGUGAGGCGGUUGUUGUAGUUAGCUUGAGGCUAAACCAGGCGGAGGGAAAGUUAGCAUCUGAACUCGUGCUCAGAGGAUGGACAGUGAAAUCCAGAGAGACGGGAGAGUCCUGGAUCUCACCGACGAUGCCUGGAGGGAAGACAAGCUGCCGUAUGAAGACGUCACCAUCCCCCUGAGCGAGCUGCCUGAAGCUGAGCAGGACAAUGGAGGAUCCACAGAGUCGGUGAAAGAGCAAGAGAUGAAGUGGACGGACCUCGCCUUGCAGAGCCUCCACGAAAACACACCGAGCACCGGAAGCUGAGAGACUUCCUAAAAGUUGCUGCCAUUUCAACAGAAAUCUCCAUAUCAUCUCUCAACUGCAGAGACUUCAGUGCAACAGGACAAAAGAUCUACAAAGUAAAUGACUCAACUGUACUUUACCAUAACAUCAUUGUGACAGCUUCCCCUGCUUGUCUCUAGAAGGAAAAUGUCACAUCAUCCAAACUCCAUAUUGCCUCCGGUUUUCCUUGUAUUUUAAAUGUAUGCUCCAGAUGUCUGUUGGUGUAACUAUAGCAUCGGUUUCUCACCGGAAACCUCCCAGAGAUGUUCUAUUGAGAAACAAAAAUAUCCAGGCUGCUGCUUCCACCAUCACUUUUUCUUUGCAGCCUCUGCCAUGAGCUUGCGUACGUGGUCGUGGGACCCCUCCCCCAGCAGGGCAGAGGGAUGCCUGUAGGAGCCCCCCAGACGAUCCCAGAGCGUGAAGUAUUGUCCAUAGUUGUAGUUGAAGUAGAGGUGAUGGUCCACAUGGUGAGCAGCACUGUUAAUCACACAUAUCAGAGGGCCGGGGAUGCGGUAAUCUCCGUCGUGUAUGGAAAUGGUCCAAAAAUUGACAAAGACAAAGAGUGAGAGGUACACCACCUGUAAUGUCAAAGUACAAAAUGCCAAUAUAAAACAUUUCAACAUGACAGAGUUUAAACAGUAGUGUCCGAAUUUAUCUUAACAAUUGUUCAACUCAGGAAAAGUGUAAGUGAGAGAAGUGACUGAUAAUUCUGGUUUCAAAAUUUGCAUUAUCGUUUCUCCCUGAAACCUCAGAUCUGAUAUCAAUGUAUGUAAAGUAAAGAGGGAGAGUCAGACCAUCACCUUUUGCAGGGGAAAGAUGAAGGCGUAGACAUGGUAGGGUAAGCUCUGCAGGAAGCCAUCGAGUGGGUGGAAGGCAUGGCUGGCAAAUGGCGUGGGGAUCUUGAAUACAUGGUGUUGCUUAUGUAAGUGCUGAGGGGCGAAAACAAAACAAAAUGUUUGAAAUAUUAUCAAAUGGCAACCUGAUAAAUGAAUUCCAACUUUUACUCUGCCUCUUGAUAGGAAAAUAUCUGGCUCUUGUGCUGAGCAUGUAAUGAACAUCGAGUUGGUUUUAGCCUCUUCACCUUGUAAAUGCGCUUAUGAUGCAUCCACCGGUGUAUCCAGUAGAUCCACAUGUCGGUAAAGAACAAGAAGCCAGCAAUGCUCAGGAACACUCCAGGCCAGCCUGACACAAACAAACCAUGCUCACAUUUAAGUCUGAGACUUAUUGUUUAUUAUAUAGGAAAUGUUGGAUUCAGGCUGGACUCUGUUACUCACAUUACUUACGAAGUAACUUUCUUUUUAAUUUAAAAUCAAUCAAAGUUUAUAUGAACCCUGGCCUGGUUUUUAAGAUAUAGAGUUUUCAUACCCAGGGAAGAUUCGCUGAUGUUGUCAUGAAGUUUGCUGUGUCCCCUGAUCUCCCAGAAGAAAAUAGCUACUGUGGGGAAGCUCAUCCAGAAAAUCGAGGUGACUCCCAGCUGGAUUUCUUUUCUAACCUGGUUCUGUUGUUCGAUCAGAGACAUGAAGUAAGGAUUUGAGAGAAAUUUUCUUGUGAAUUGUUAGACUGUUAAUAAAGAGCGUCGCCGUACCUUAAUAAACU